AUGCGACCUCCAUACGAUUGCUCUACCAAGGUACCUGAGCAUAUAGAACAUGAUCCAUAUCGUUGUCGUAGGCCAUCGGAAGUUGCCGUAACCUUGGCAUUGGAAGAGCCAUCAGGUCGUACACACUCGUACUUGCCAUACAGCAAUCAUGCACUUGAUAUAUCAAAAACACGAGAUCAUGCUUUAUACGUGGAAGAGGAGAUGGGAACCAAGAGCCUAUUGCACCCACCCAAUAGCACUUCGAGUCAUCAUUUGGGAAGCUUUAUUACAGAUCCAACCACCUUAAACGAAGAAACAGCUAUUCCUGCUACAGCACGGAAAGGACCAUGUUCAGCAGCAUCAUUGACCGAUUUUCGACGAUACAAUACACGACAACGAUCACCUAGGAAAAUAGCUGCUAUCAUCAUCCUUUGUAUUCUGUUAAUGCUUGGUGCUGUUGCGACCUUUGUGUGUUGGCCACGAACACCUCAAAUCAAAUUGGCUGGGCAAGGGACAGUGGGUAGAGCUCGAGGACCAGAAGACGCGACCGAUUGGGGACCUGAUCAACAACAUCCAUGGUUACGAACAAGUUGGCUUGUCAAUGUCACGUUGGGCAAUCAAGAUAAUUUCAUACCCACUCGGGUGAAUCGACUCGACGUUGUCUUGGCAGAUUAUGAUACUAAACAGCCUUUUGCACGAUCCUAUGCAACAGACCUUGUAUUAUCGCCACGUACCGAUACCCAGCUCACCAUGCUCUUUGAUGUCGAAUAUGAAACGCCUUCUUUAAAAGAUCCCACAUUUGAGCAUUUGUAUAAUGCCUGUGGUCCUCAAAAGAUUAGUGUAUCUGCACCACCUGCACUUAAUAUCACCUUGCAGGCUGUAUUUACGCUGCCAGGUAUUGCAUGGAAGCCCACUGUCAUUCAAGAUUCACCUUUGGAUGAUGGUUUUCAAUGCCCCAACAACUGA